UGAUUUCUUCCUAUUUUCACCGUACCAAAUCACGAGCUUUUCAUUUGACCUGCUGUUGGUUCUGCUGGUGAAGAAUUCGUCACUUUUAUCGAAUGACAGUUUUUUUUUUAACAAAAAAAACGCAGCCGGCAUGAACCAGACUCUCCGUGCAUCCAGUGUCCUGCUGCUGCUCUGCGUCGGAGCGGCAUGCGGCUCCACUUUAACGGGAGGGAGAGAGCCUUCUCCCCAGCUCCACCAGUUCCCGUUUCUCACCGUGUGGAACGCCCCUACGGAACGCUGCGGUUCUCGGUAUGGCGUGGACCUGGACCUGAGCGUGUUCGACAUCGUGUACAACCAGAACCAGACCUUUAUGGGUGACAACAUGACCAUCUUCUACUCAGACCGGCUGGGCCUGUAUCCGCAUUACACGGCUCAGGGCCAGGCGGUCCACGGGGGCGUGCCCCAAAACGCCAGCCUGCGUCAGCACCUCUGGGCCGCCGACUCCGACCUGCGCACUCACAUCCCCAACCGAGACUUCUAUGGCCUGGCCGUGGUGGACUGGGAGGACUGGAGACCAGUGUGGGAGAGAAACUGGGAGUCCAAAGAGGUGUACUGGAAGGCUUCCAGAGAACUGGUGAGGGCCCAGCACCCCGACUGGAACCCAGAGCAGGUGGAGGCCGCGGCAGAGAAGGAGUUUGAGGAGGCGGCGCGUUCGUUCAUGGUGGAGACUCUGAAACUCGGUCGCACGGAAAGAUCCGGAGGGCUAUGGGGUUUCUACGGCUUUCCCGGCUGCUACAACUACCAGUACAAGAAAAACACUACGGCAAACUACACGGGAGAGUGCCCUCCGCUGGAGGUGAAGAGGAACAACAGGCUGAGCUGGCUGUGGAACGUCAGCACCGCGCUGUAUCCCGACAUCUACCUGGACCUCAGCCUGAGGGGGCGGGGCCACGAUAUUCUCCUCUACGCCCGACACCGCGUCCUGGAAGCCAUGAGGGUCAGAGGUCAAGUGACCCCUAAGCCGCCCCCUGUCAUCCCAUACGCCCGCGUGGCCUACACCUACUCGCUGGCGUUCCUCUCACAGGAGGAUCUGGUUCAUACUGUGGGGGAAAGUGCAGCGUUAGGAGCAGCUGGUGUGGUACUGUGGGGAGAUGGGAACUUCUCUAAGUCUAAGGGGACGUGUGAGGCUGUGAAAGACUAUCUUGAUGACACUCUGGGUCGAUAUGUGGUGAACAUCACCACAGCUGCUGCUCUGUGCAGCCGAUCCAUGUGCACCUCCCAGGGCAGGUGUGUUAGGCGAGACCCUGGCUCAAAGGCCUACCUUCACCUGGACCCUGGGGCCUGGGCAAUCUUCUCUCAGAAGGAGAGACCCGGAUCAGGGCUCCUCUCCGCGGGCCCCUCAUACACGGUUGUGAGGAAACCGAGUCCGGUGCAGGAGAAGGACUUUUCGGCCGAGUUUAUGUGUCAGUGUUACCCCGGCUGGGCGGGAGAACACUGUGAGAAAAUGCUUCAGGAUUGAUGGACGGUUUUUAUCCUUACACAGGAAAGACCGCUGAAGGAGACAAGUGUGACAUUCAGCUGAUGUUGGUGAACAUGCUUGAACAUGCUGAAGUGCUUACAUGCUUUCAUGGUUUCAUGCCCAGUUCAGAUCAAGACUAAAUUCAGAUCAGGGAUAAAUGAAAUAUUUGCUGCUUAUUUUUUAUAUUACAGAUUUCUGUACCAGAAUCAAAAUCAAGGGAAAGUGGAAGUCAGGUCAUUGCUUUGGAAAUUGUAAUUUUGCAGUUUAGUCCUUGUUUUUGACGUGAACCUUGUGUGAGCGCUCUGCUUUCGGAUGACAGAAUACUCCUCCGUGUUUGGUUUGGCUGUUCCGAUCUUGUCUGGGCUGAAGACAAGGGACAGAGCAGUGAUGUCAUAAUGGAGGCCUCAGAAUGUUACCAGGGAGACAGUGGAAUGUUCAGGUUUGUUAGAAACAAUGGGAACUUUUGACCUUAUGUGUUUGCUUUUUUUUUUUCUUUUCUUUUCUUUUCUGUUUAAUCUUUAUGUAAGCCUGUUCAACUAAUGGGAGAGGACAGUUUGGGAUCAGCAGGGCAACACUAGACAUCUGACUACUCUGUCUCAUCCUACCACAUUCUGAGAAAAACACAAACUGAAUCACGACUGGGGGAGGUCCAAGGACAAAAAAAAAAACCCCAAAAAAGACUUUGUCUAUGAUUGUGUUCACCCACCUUCCUGCUUUAUCUCAUCAGUACAGGAGGAAGAGACAGUGCACUGCAUAUUUGCUGGCCACAGAAGUGAAGUAUCAUUAGAGUAAUCAAUAGUUCUGGUCCUUUUGUUUGAUUUAUUACCAAACACAUUUACAGUCACUGGCUGGUUGAUUAGCCACUGUUAUUUGCCUUGUUACUAAUGGUCACAAGCACAGUUAUUGACAUGCUGCAUUAAAACGUGGAGCAGGGA